UCCGUAUUUGCGGGCGCUUUUCAGUCGGCCGUAGUCCAGCAUGCGCUGCGUGUGAGAAAGUCGAGAGUCAACGGUCGUGUUUCGGUCGCCGAGUUUGACGCCCGCGUGGUACGGAAGUAGAGAAAAACGGCUUCUUCGCCUCCUCGUACUUCUCGUUAUUCUUCUUCGGAGCCCGUCGGAGAGUUUGGCCUGGGGAAAAAAAAAAAGAAGUGCGCGUCGGUCACGUGACGAGUUCGAUCGUUCCGCGUCAACGUUCACACCGCUUGUUGAUCCUGCGAGUAAUAAGGUGUUUAUGCACGACUAAACGACUACGACGAUGUUGUUGUUGAUGUUGUUGUUGAGAGGAACCCGCCGCGGGCCGCAAUGUGAUUAUUCCGUAUACCUUGAGUAUUUUUCACGGUAAGAUUAUACAAUCGUCGAUGUAUGGUUUUAACGAGGUGAUUUUCGGGAAAACGGUGUCUGGGAGGAUGAUGACGAUAUCGCCGAUUGUCCCGCGGGGUUGUUGUUGUUAUAUCGUUCAGUGACCUUGACGAAGAAUUUACACCAAUAACCGAUGACAAAACGAGUGCCUCGCGAGUUACUUUUGUGCUUUUUCUAUCCGACGUGUAUCAUAUGCAGUGCAGGUUAAACUGCGUGCUAGUGAUCUGACGUUACAGUUGAGUAUAGUUUAAAGUUUAUUUCAGUGAUUAAACAAGAUCGAUCCUGAUCGUUGACACAAGUGAAUACGGCGACAGUGUCAAGAAUAAGUAUACAUAUAUAUAUAUAUAUAUAUCGAUACGUAAAACAAAGGUCGUCGCGCGGCGUCUUGUGGUGCAAGUUCAAUAUUAUCGUAAUAUAUAAUCGAUACAUCUUUCUCUCUCUCUUUUUCUCUUUCUAUCUUUAAUUUUCGCUCUCUCUCUCUGUCCCUUUCUCUCUCUCUUUUUCUCUCUUUCUUUGUGUUUUCUCUGUGACGACUGUGUGUAUUUGAAAGCAGUGUUGUGCGCGAAAUAAACCCGGCGGACGAUACAAGUACAAGGGGAAAGAAAUAGGCUGGACCUCAACGAGCAGCGCCGAUCGGACACCUUAUAUGGCGGUAAGGUACGAACCACAACGCCGCUGGGUAAUGAUACGGAAAUAAAACACGAGUUGGGUGAUCAAAGAGAAUUCUGGCAGUACAGUAACACGUACGCGGCUUACCACCCAGCAUCGCAGAGAGGAGAAGGGAAGGUGAUACGCCAUUGUCCAGCUCUGCACGCGUGAUACAAGACGGAAAUCCGAACCCGCUAAGGCUGUGAGACAUUUUCAUCCAAUUUUUGGGAUUGGUUUCCCUCAUUCAUGCUCCAGUGGUGAAUACCAGCGCUUGGAUCAACCACGAGAGAGCCAGACCUGACCGAGUUAGUGGGCCAUAGCUGUGUCUGCAGGAAAUAAAAGCCGGGCGACAAGCAACCAUGGAUUCGACGCUAGUUUUUCUCGUCGGCUUCCUGCUGGCGACCGCGAGAAUCUGCGGCGGGCAGGAAGACUGGGACUGCGAGGCACCCUGCAAGUGCAAGUGGAUCUCGGGAAGGAAGUCGGCCGAGUGCAUCCAGCAGAAUCUUACCACCGUCCCGAACUGGCUGUCCUCGGUGAUCCAGAGCCUCGACUUGACGGGGAACGCGCUGGUUAAUCUGCGCCGCGACGCCUUCCUCGAGGUGAAACUCGACAAUCUUCAGAAACUGACGCUCCGCGAUUGCGGGAUAGAAACGAUUCACGCCGGCGCGUUCAACGGUCUGAAAAUCGUUAUCGAGAUCGACCUGUCUCACAACAAAAUCAAGGUCCUGCGCCCCGGGACCUUCGGGGAUACCGACAAGCUCAGGAUCCUGUAUCUCAACACGAACUUGAUCCAGCAACUCGAGAGCGGUGUCUUCGUAAACAAUACCUUCCUCCAGAGGAUCGACAUGUCGAACAACCGGCUCGAGCGCAUCGGACAACACCCGUUCGUCAACCUACCCGGGCUCCAUGCGAUCGCCCUCAACCGUAACAACCUGACCCACCUGAGGAAACAGAUAUUCGAAAACCUUCCGAAACUCGGGAGCCUCGAGGUGCACGAAAAUCCGUGGAAGUGCGACUGUCAUCUCAAGGAGUUCCGCGACUGGCUGAUGAACACCACUUUCUAUACAGAUCAAACGACCUGCGCCCAACCUCCGAAUCUCGCCGGGAGGAUUUGGCGCGGGAUAAAGAGCGAGGAGUUCGCCUGCCGGCCCAAGAUCGUCUACGUCGGUCCUGCCCCCCUCGUCGAAAUCGGACCCGGCGACGUCACCCUGGUCUGCAAGGUCUUUGGCACCCCGCUGCCGGAUGUUACGUGGUGGCUACGCCAGCGAGAGCUGAGCAAUUCGAGUCGACGCUACCCUCUCGAGACGAAGAGCUACGUCCUGUCGAAGGCCGGAAGCUGGCUAAACCUGACGAUCCCGAAAGCGACGUCCGCCGACAAGGGAGAGUACGAGUGUCGCGCCGUCAGCCCGGGCGGCUCGGAGAAGAAAAACGUGACGCUGACCGUCCUGGGCGACGUCGUCGGCAACACGGAGUCCGGGGUCAGCCUGGCCCUCGCCCUGGGCCUCGGGCUGACCGCCCUCCUGGUUCUGGUCAUCCUGACCCUCGUGCUCUGCGCGUGCUACUGUUGUCGGAAGCGUUCCCGGCCUAACGAGAAGAGCACCGAGGCGAACGCCAUCGAACACCACGGCCUCGGGGAUCAGGAGAAGUCCCUGAUAACCGCGAUCAACCCCGUGGUGAAACCGCCCCGGAGGUACGAAGCCGCGCCGUCCGUGACCUCCCACGGAACCGAGACGACGGAGCUGAACCGAACCCUUCUGGACAACGAAUCAGUAUUCGCCGGAGGUGUCGGAGACGACGACAGGGAGCGGUCGACGCCGGAACUCGAUCAGGGAUCGACCUUGCCGAGGGGCGCCACCUACCGGCAGUACCCUCCGGAUCUCCUCGCCUUCUCGGGUGGCCGCGGGGCCUCCCCGACCAGCCAGGCCUCCACCGCCCCCGACAGCUCGCGGCUACCCUCGCAGCCCGGCAGCUUCAGUCCGACCGGAACCAUCGCCUCCUUUCCGCCGGGGUUCAAGACGCUGCCGCACAACCGCAGCGCCGCUCCGUACAGUUCGGGGCCUCCCGUGCUUCCGCGGCACGGAUACGUCACGAUACCGAGGCGGCCCCGCGCCCCCAGCUGGAGCAGCGCCCCGCCCACAUCGCCCGACGGCCUUGAACCCGUAUACGACAACCUGGGCAUACGCACGACCGCCGACGGCAGCUCCGUCCUCUCCCUAAACAAGAGUCCCGAGCCUUCGGGAAUGCGGGGGCGGCCUCUUCCCGGCACCCCGACGGCGCACUUUCAUCCCGCGAUACAGCGAAGCACGCCGAACAUCCUCGCCGCCAGUCCCAACGACAGGGCCGCACCCGAGGGUGCCCCGGAGUGGCCCUCCAAGCUUGCCGACGAGACGGACGUGCCCUUCCUAGCCGGCGGCGGCACCCUCGGACGCAAGGUUCCACCGCGGCCGCCCCCGAAGCCCAAGAAGAAAUCCGCGAACGGGCCGCUCUACGAGGACGAGGGCGAGGACGGAACCGAGGUAUGAGGGUGGAGCCGCGACGAAUCGCGGCCAACGCCACGCGCCCUCAGGACCCUCAGGAUCGUCUCGUACCGUCAAUCCUUCUAACCGGUAGUGCCUUUACGCAAACUUGUAAUGUAAACGAUGUGUGUGCGAGUGUGUGCGCGAUUGUUAUUCGUCGUUUAAUCGCUGUACUUUAUUACAAUAUUAUUACUAUUACUACUAUCAUGUGCUAAGACGGAUACGUGCGAUUUACUGGACUACGAUGUACACUCUGUUCUUGUUUCGCAUAGUCGUCGGCAUGUAAGGGCUUCCCGCAGAGAAUGUGAAAAAAAAAACGAAACAAAAAAACAAAACUCGAACAGAAACUGUUUCACCCAUUCGCGGUGCAGAUCCAAGGUUAUUGUAUAGAAUCAUUUUU